AACCAAUGUGGAGUCUGUGUUGUUCUGUCAUUGGUUCGCUGUACAUCGACUAACGACAUACUUCUCGUGUCAGCAUCACUUUAGCAUCCAUCAACGCUCCACCUUUACUAACAACCACAGCACCUGCCAAGAUGAACGAAGUAUAUGAAGAUGCCGACAUUGAUCUCGUUCUGCCACUGCAUUUCCACACUAUAACAACCCUGAGAAGCCAAGCAGCAGAGAUCCCCGGCACUCGAGUUAGACACCAAUACUUGCUUUCCAGCAUACACGGACGACAGAACCGGAUCACAGACAUACCAAUUGUGGUAGCGACGCCAGCCACAUCUCCUGGUCUCGAAUGCAAAAUUGUUUAUAGAUUGCGAGCCUCAGUCUUGUGUAUUCACACCGACAAUACGAUAAUCCUCUUUCCAGACCCAGCGGACACAAUUAAGUUAGGAAACUUCGCCCUCACACGUCGUUCGACUGCAAAUAAAACAGUUGCAAUCGGGACAGGUCUUAUAAUCGGAUGCUCAGUUUUGUUUCCAGACGAUCAUGAUCGUGAAACGUGGAUCUUCACA